UAUGACCUUUUUGACAAAGGCCACCGAAGGAAAUAGAGGACUGGAAGCGGGCAAUGGCAAUGGCGACGGCGGAGCAGGUGAAAGCGUCGCACAUACUCAUCAAGCACCAGGGAUCACCUCGCAAGGCCUCGUGGAAGGAUCCCGACGGCCGCAUCAUCUCAGCUACCACCCGCGACGCCGCCGUCAACCAACUUCUUUCCCUUCGCGAGAUCAUUGUCUCCGGGGAGGCCCGCUUUCAGGACGUCGCGGCACGCUACUCCGAUUGCAGCUCCGCCAAGCGCGGUGGCGAUCUCGGUCGGUUUGGACGGCGACAAAUGCAGAAGCCGUUUGAAGAAGCUACCUUUGCACUAGAAGUUAGCCAAAUUAACGGGAUCAUCGAUACUGACAGCGGUGUACAUAUCAUUCUGAGAACUGGUUAAUGUUCACAGGAAAAGUGGAGCAUUGAGUUCAAACUUGAUUAUGAAGAUUUAAGGGACAAGUUACACGGGAUUAAUAAUUUAAUGCUGAAUGCUUUCUCUCUACAUUCGUGGUAUAAGGGCUUGUAGUAUGGUAUUAUCAUUUUUCGGCCCUGAACUCCUUUCAGCAAAAUGAUUGACAAAAAUAUUCGUUGCUUGCUUGGUUUGUUAUUUAUACACAAUAACUGAAUCAUGUGUAGUUUUAGUACUCUAUUAUAUACAUAUGUGGACGAUCCUUUUGUCACUAGAAAUUGAUGAAUCCUCUCUGAUA